CAAUAUUUUGCAAUCGCAGUAAACUAUUUUCAUGCAUCACCGCGAGAUUCCAAACAAGGGUUUCAUGUUGGACUGUUGAAAAUUCAAAACAGGAUAUAUUGUUAAUUAUUGAGCCUUAAAAUACGAUGGCAAGUUCAAACAAACUUAUUACUCGUAAAACUGCAGACGGAAACAUGAGAAUCGACCACGAUGCUCUUAGGCGCAUUCUUAUGAGGAAGGAAAUUGGAGAUAGGCCGAUCGCAAUAAUUUCAAUAGCAGGGAAACUGCGAACAGGAAAGUCAUUUCUGCUCAACUUCAUUCUGCGAUAUCUCAGAAACAAAGGAUGGGAAAAUAACAAAUGGAUGGAUGAAUGGAUGAAUAAAAAAUAUUGGAUCAGUGAAGCAUCGGAACAUUUGAACAAUCUGCGUGAGCGCAUUCCCUUCAUGUCUGGCACUAAGCCACAUACAACCGGGAUACGAUUAUGGGACGAGAUAUUCUAUGUUCCAAUGGACGACGACACAGAGGUCGUUGUGUUACUGAUGGAUACCCAAGGACUGUACGAUCAUCAAACAACUAUCAACAACAACACUGCGUUCUUAUCAUUAAGCACUCUGGCAAGUUCGAUCCAAAUCUUCAAUUGCAAAGAAAAUAUUGAUACUCAAAAUUUGAGUUAUUUGAAGACUUGUCUCGACUUUGCAACGAAGACUGCGGCGGAAGCUUCUGGUUCGUACUUUAAACUUCAACUGCUGACGUUUUUGGUCAGAGACCACACGCAAGACGAAGACUUCGAAUAUGGCUUCAAAGAAGGAGAAAAUUUUUUGCAAGGGAUAUUGCAAUCUGAUAGAGGUGGAGAGGAACAAAUUGAAAUCCGUAAAGCAAUAAAAUCCAGCUACGACAAAGUGCAGUGCUUUCUUAUGCCCCAUCCGGGACUGGUUGUCAAAAAGAAAUCCUAUGAUGGAACCGAUGCAGAACUGGAAGCCGAUUUCAAAACCUACGUGAAAGUGUUUGUCGAAGAACUUGUGAGUCCAAAGAACCUACAGGUUAAAAUGACGAAAGGAAAGGCGGUAACUGCACGUGAUGUACUCAACAUGAUCACAGCUUGUGACAAGAUAUUCGCUAAGAAUUUAUAUGGAGCGGGAGCUAUCAUGGAGGCAAACGUUAAGGCACAUUACGCCUCAGCAUAUGAAGAAGCAAUUUUACUGUACGACGAGAUAAUGAAGGAGCAUUUCAAGACGGUGCAAAUCAUUGAUGAUAUUCCGCUAUUUCGAUAUCACGAGCAAGCGAAACGAAAAGCGUUGGACUUGUAUAACGGGAAGGAAAAAAUGGGAAACAGUGAAUGCGAAUACGAAUAUGAAGAACAUCUUCGUUUGAAGUGUGAACAACACUUUGAUACAAUCAAGAGUAGAAACACGAAUUUGAAGAAAGAAAAGAUGCUAAAAUCUGCCAGAAAAACGUUUGAAGCUGUUACAGAGUAUGAAAAAUUGAUGCAGCAAAAGAUGCAGUUACCUGAGCAAGUUUGCAUGGACUCAGUUGAACUAAGGGACAUGCAUGAUAAACAUCUUAGGGAAAUUCAGGAAAAGUAUCAUGGGAUGGCAGACCGUGACCAAAUAAAAUCUAAAGCAGAAGAGUUUGUCGAAAAUCUAAUCAAGGAAAACACUAAACAACGUGAAAUGGAACGGAAGAAUAGACAGAACAAGAGGCGCAUGGAUCUACACAACUUGACUAGGCAACUCGACUAUGAUUGUGUGAAUCAAUGGAUUAGUGUAGGUAAAGGGCUCCACGAUGACGAUAAAAUUCAAAAAUACGAAAAUGAGAUAAAAACUAAAGUCGUUAACGACUAUUGGUCACAGGCUCUAACUGAAGAGGAGAAGAAGUUUAAAAAAAAACUUGAAAGAAACCUUGAUUCAGAGUUUUCGGAAGCAAUGCGGAAGCAAAAUCAGAACGACGUAGACGAAGAAGAAAGCUCACAGACUGAAGAUAGAGGUCCAAUGGCAUUGCUGUGGAGGAAUAAAAUCGCUCAUGAAAAAUAUGUGGCUGAAAUUGUUGAAAGGUUCAAAGAAUGGUUAACACUCAGAUUGUCUAUCAACAUCCCUCUGGCUAAAAUGGAAGAGUUGAGGCAAGAAGAGUUUUUACGAAUGGUGCGCCAGUAUUUCGAUCAAUGCUGUCCGUAUUUGAACGAAUACAGAAACGUAGUAGAAGAAAACCUAAAAAAUAGGUAUGAGGAGGCUUUUGAACACAACAGGAAAAAUUGGGAGCUUACAAUGAAAAUGUGUGAUUCUAUGGUCGAAGACGUGAUUAUUCGCGAAGAACAAGAAUUAGAGAAGAUUAUGACUGAUCGGUACUACACCGAUUUGAAAAACCAUUAUGAUGAAUUGAAAGAUCGUAUUACCAAGCAGUUGUCCACUGUUACCAAAUGGACUCUCUCUGGUCCUGUUUCAGAAAAAAUUCGCCUCUUGAUUGUAAAAAAGUUGAACGAAUCGUUCAAAAAAAUGGAUAAGAUAAACGAAGAAAAUAAAAAUAUUCGCAAUGUGGAGAGCUCUGAAGGACCAGAUAACUUGAGUUUGUGGAAAAGACUUCUGAGGUUUUUUCGAGAUCUUUUCAAUUUGAAUUAAGAUGGAUUAAUCUUCCAACGAUACCUGUAUUAUAAACUCUAAUCAGCAAUACUAAUCUAAUCCAACAUUUUGAAAAUAUAACAAAUCGUUUGAAUUGAUUACCUUGUACUAUUUUCAAGUUAUGAAUAGCACAU